AUUAUAAGAAGGAACAUGGGAGGAGGGGGACGCAGGUGGGGGCACGGGGAGCUGCAUUGGCGGGUUGAGGACAACUACAGCUUGGCCCGAUUUGCUCGGCAGUUGUGUAUAGAAUUCGUUGCAAGAUGUUGGCUGCCCGUGCACCUGUCGGCGUCUCGCGCUGUUUGAACUCGCGGCGACAUGCACGCCUUUCCGCUGCGCCUGUUCCCGGCCGGCUCAAUUUGUCGCAUGCCGUUACGCUGGUGAAGGAAACAGCUGAGCAACGUGCUUCCAUCGCCUGUAGAGCAGCACAGCAGGACGAGGCUCCGCCUGCGCCUGCACCGACACUUGUGGGCGAGGACUCGGCAGCGUUUGACCUCGCCAAGCAGAGCCCCAAAUCAUGGGCCUUGUUUGUGGUGCUGCUGAGCACGGUUCUGGGCGCGCUUUACGUGGUCUGGAUCCAGCCCGGCACCGGUCUUGCUGACGACUUCCUCGGCGCUCUGGAGUCGCUGGCCGGCAGCAGCGAGGCCACGAUGGCGCUCAUCCUGCUGGUGUUCGCCAUCGCCCACAGCGGCCUAGCGGGCCUCCGCCCCAAGGGCGAGGAGCUGGUCGGCCCUCGCGCCUACCGCGUGGUGUUUGCGCUAGUGUCGCUGCCGCUGGCGCUGCUGGCCAUCGUGUUCUUCAUCAACCACCGGUACGACGGCGUGCCGCUGUGGAACGUGCGCGACGUGCCGGGGGUUCACGAGCUGGUGUGGGUCAUCAACUUCAUCAGCUUCUGGUUCCUGUACCCCUCCACCUUCAACAUCCUGGAGGUGGCGGCAGUGGACAAGCCCAAGCUGCACCUGUGGGAGACCGGCAUCAUGCGCAUCAGCAGGCACCCGCAGAUGGUGGGCCAGGGGCUGUGGUGCCUGGCCCACACGCUAUGGGUGGGGACCAGCUUCAUGUGCGUGGCCAGCGCGGUCUCCGGAAAGCAGAACGGUGAAGCGCCGAACGUGUCGCCGAACGCCUUCGAGGCCGUCAAGGCGCGCACCUCGGUGGUUCCCUUCGCCGCGCUGGCGGACGGCCGGCAGCAGCCGCCCGAGGGCUGGUGGCGCACCGAGUUCGCGCGCGCGCCCUACCUGGCCGUCACCGCCCUCACCAUCGGCGCCUACUUCGCGCACCCGCUCAUGCAGGCCGCCUCCUACAGCCUCAAGUGGUAAACAGAGCGGCGGGAUGCCCUCAGGCCGACCGUGGGCGCAGCAGCCUCGGUGUCAGCUGGAUCGCAGUAUGGACGGUGGGGACAGACGGACCGUGGGGGCAGGGGCCUGAACACAGCGCGCGUCAAAUGGAUGGGUCGCAAUAUGUACGGAUGGACUGAUGAAGGCGCCCGGAAGGGCGGGGGAGGGGGAACGGCACGCCGCCUCCUGCCCUACAGGCCGGCGCGUGCCGUGGCGUGUGUGUAUUUUUGGGCGGCCGGCGGGUUUCAGAUUCGGGAGCGGGGCGAAGGGGAAUGGCCGGACGGGGGCGCGUGAGCAGCAGGCGCGGCCCAGGCGUGCGCGGGUGAUGCGUGCGCCGGUAUGCCGUGUGUGCCGGUGACUAGCACGCACACGCGGGCAAGAGGUGGUCGUGGUUGGAUUAAGUUUGUGUGCGUGUGUGUAUGUGCGCAUGUCCUUUCGCGGCGGCGCGGCUUUCCCCACUUGGAAACAAAGGUGGUAGGUCGUAGGUACAGCAUAGGAAUGCACGGCGGAAUGGGGCCAUGUGGAUUGUACCGUAAUGUGUGUACGGCACGUACGGGCAAGACGAACAGGCAGAUGGAAGAAAAGCAGUGCCGAGGGGAUUGCUGCUCUGGCUGGGGUCUCCUUGGGGUGGCGUGGUGCUGAUGUGCCCUGCGCCGUGGGCCCAUAGUGGGGGCCCCAUGUGUGUGUGUUUUGCUCGGUGAUGAUACCACCGACACGUAGCAGACCGGGAUUGCAGCCGCGCUGCCGCUGCGGGCCGUGGCCUUCGCACUUGGUUGCACGCCGCAUAUGCAACUUGCGCUACUGACUGCCUGCUCUCGUGCUGCCUGCAAGCCCACUCCGCCAUCCGCUC